AUGGUCGAAAUUAGCGUAAUUCGUGAACGUCUAACGCAGGCCGCUCAGUCCAUUCGAGCCGUCACCCGGUCCCUCGGUGGUGCACGAGAAUCGCAGGAGUCUACACAGAAAGCAUUAUUGGCAUUAAGUGAAGUUCUUGACCUCGUUUAUCAGCUACGCGAGCAAAUCAGCUGGAUGAAUGAGAAAUGGGUGGUGGCUCCAGCGCGGCUAUGUAGUCUCGACGAGCUCCUCUCCGCUUUCGAGUCGACAAUCAGGGUGAUCGAGAUCAAUUUCCAGCCCGGUGGGGUGAGCAGUCGUGCAUCAAGAAAAGGGCUUCUGGAGAGAACCUUUCUACCACGGUUGGAGCAGUACAAGAUGGCUUUCCUCGUUGCCAUGCAGCCGGAAUCUCGCGAGAAAUCUCUCACCGAGCAACACCUGAAAAAUAGUAUUCGACUGCGCCGCGCGUUGGAACCAGUAGCGCAUAACCACGUUAUACCAACCGAGGAUAGUUUCCAAAGUAUUGCCAGUCAGAUUGCUUCAAAGAGCGCCUUAAGCCUUGCCAACAUUUCUCAUCAGCGCCAGAAAGAAACAUGCGAGUGGAUAUUCCAUGAUGAAAAAUAUAAGUCCUGGCUCUGCGGGAACUAUAGAACUCUGUACUGUGUUGGUCUACCCGGAGUUGGAAAAACAUUCCUGGCCUCUACUGUCAUCGAAAAUCUGCAGAAUACUUUUACGCUCCCAGGAGUUGCGGUCGUCUUUCUUUUUUGCGAAGAUGAGAAGGAAGAUGACCAGGCAUCGCCACUUAACAUGCUUUCUAGUGUACUUGGCCAGCUUGUCUGUCGUAGAGGAUGUGCUUCCUAUGUAACUGCCUCAUUGUAUCAAUCCGAGGCGUUGGCCCAGCAAAAGGUGUCAGCGAAGGACUAUCAAAACGCGAUUCGGGCAGAGGUUAACCAUUUCUCAAAAGUGUUGUUCGUUAUCGAUGGACUUGACCUAUUCCCUGGUAAAGAUCGUAUCUUAAACCGAUUCCAAAAGCUUCCAGAACACUCGCAGUUCUUGAUCACCUUGCGUGAAAAACCUGACAAGGACGAAUCUAUAUCAGUUAUGGCGUCUCGAAAGGACCUGGAAACAUACAUUGACGCGAGAAUAAGCCAAGAAUCAUGCCUUAACUCGCUAUUGAAGCAGUAUGCACCAGAAUACCAGCUGAAGGAGGCUAUCAUCCAGCAGGUGAUCGAAAAGUCUCAUCGUGUAUUUUUGUUGGCGAGAAUGCACAUGGAUUUGAUAUCUCGAUGCGGCGAUGCAAGUGUGCUCCAAACAGCACUUUUGCAUCUGCCUGAAACUCUAAAUGAUGCGUAUGCAGAGUCGAUGAAGCAACUUGCCAGUCAGAAUCUGUACGCAAGUCGUUGCAUAUACUGGACACUAUAUGCUUACCGGCCGCUUACAGUCACAGAACUGAAGGCUGCUGUGUUUUUUGAGCCCCAGAAUGGUACAGCUCAGAAGGGGCCAACGUCUUUUGAGAAGAUCUUACAUGUCGAAACUGCCGGCCUUCUGACGAUCGAUCCAAUGACUACAACCGUCCACCUGGUCCACAAAACUGCUGCUGAAUACCUUACAGGGGCGACUGCCCGGGUCUUCUUCCCCACCUCUCGUAAGCACAUUGCAGAAACCUGUCUUACAGUCAUUGCCUCAGAUGAGGUCGUGGACGACUGCUACAUCAGCAACGGUACUACGCCACGGAAUUCAAGUAGCAGUCUUUUGAGCUACGCUGCCACAUACUGGGGGGGGAGCACGCUCCUCAGCUGGAGAAGACCUCCGGUGAUCGACGAAUUAGCCUCCGAGGAAACAAAGAUCCCUUCUCAACUAGGCCUAGGAAAGUACUGUCCAGACUGGAGUGCUUUGCAUGUGCUGGCUUAUUUUGGCAUCACGACCAAAGUACCGCGGUUGAUUGAAAAAGGGGCUGAUGUAAAUGCCCAAGACAAUUCCAUGGGGAUUGCACCGUUGCACUGUGCAGUGUACCGCGGAAAUGAAGAGAUGGUGGAGCUUCUCCUUGAUUUCGGGGCCGAUAUAAAUGCCAUCUGUAAAGACGGGAGCACCGUUAUGCAUCUAGCGGCAGAGCGAGGCCAACGACGGGUCAUGAAGCUGUUACUCGCGCAAAGGGCUAACUCUCGGACCGCAAACCGACAAGGUGUUACACCCCUUCAACUGGCAGUCGGAACCGCAUACGACGAGUCGACAGUUCCGAUGUUGAUUAAAAGUCGGUCGGACAUAGACGCUAAAAAUGUAUUCACAGGUAACACUACGCUUCACGUAGCGGUAGAGUUGAAGCGAGCGCGGAUUCUUCUGUUCCUACUGGAGCGAGGUGCAACCAUGAACUUGGCCGCCAAGUUGGACAACUGCGAGGCCAUAUCUCUGUUGCUUGAGCGUGGCGCAAAAGUCGAAGUGUGCUCCAUGUUUGGCUCCAGGGCCUUGCAUAUUGCCGCAUCUGCGGGCAACUGGAUUGCCUUUGACUUGUUGCUUAGCGGUGGUGCAGAUAUCAAUGCGUGGAAUAGCGACGGGGAGUCCCUGCUGCACGAACAAGCCCGCAAGGCAACAAGCACAUCGGUUGCCGCGCAUCUUCUGGAACAGGGCGCGGGUAUCGAAACCCAGACAUCUCAGGGCUAUACUCCACUCCAAUGCGCUGCCAUGAGUGGGAACAAAACGAUGUUCUUUUUCCUUUUCGAGCAUGGCGCUGAGGUGGAUGUCUUGACGGCCAAGGAAGAGACGCUACUUCACCUCACGCCACCAGUUAGUCAGGAUUGUCUCGACAUCCUUCAUAUGCUUCUGCAAAUGGGUCUCGAUGUCGAGGCCGUCAGCAUCAAUGGCUGGACGCCCCUCCACCAAACCAUUUUCGUGGGUACCGGGUCCCCGGAUAUCGAGUUUGACAAGACGUCCGAGUAUAUCGAGCUCCUUGUAUCCAACGGGGCCGACUUGAACGCCGUUGCUGCAUCCCAAACACGCGAAACACCUCUACACCUUGCCUCAAUGGCAACCAUCCCCAGACCCUCGCUGGUGUCAUUCCUUGUAGAUCGCGGGGCAUCUGUGAACAGCAUGACCAGUGAAGGCAAGACUGCUCUACACUUGGCCGCAGAGCGAGGACGGGACACCAUAUUCCAAGCAUUACUGGAUGCCGGCGCAGAUCUGACUAUCAAGAUCCCCGACGAUGCUCUCAUCAAUGGCAGUGGGGACAGAGGAAAGACGCCGCUAGAUUUAGCACGGAAACAUCCAUUAGGCGCACUGUGGUUCGACGAUACGGGGAAUCUGCAGCUCUCCGUCGAUGACAAACAAAAGGGAAUUAUGACAACGCCAAUAGAGAUUGAGACAGAUCUGGACACUGAUGAUGAAACGGAGAACUCCACAUUAGUGGAAGAGGAAGAUUCCCAGUGGGGAUCGGUGGUUUCGGGACACGUUGUCUCGAUCAUUGAUUAA